ACAAACAACAUACAACAAUCCUCUGUGUACGGCUGUGGUUGACGCCCAAAAUAAAAAUAUUUCUGUCCGUGCGUUGUGAAGUUGUAUUAAAGAAAUAAAUAUUAUGGCGCGCUAGAUGUUGCAUUAUAUGUGUAUUCAAUAUAUAUAAAUAAUUAAGAAAUAACUGUAAAGUAAGAACCUGUGUAAUAUCGUAUGUCAGUAAACUAAACACAUACGAUCACGAAUUCAACUACAAAAAUUUGGGAUAUUAAAUUUUUUGUAGUCUUUUAUGUAUACGGACAUAUAUAAAACGGGAAAAAAUGGUUUCUACUAGAGGCUUACGCUAUAAAUUCAGUGAAGGCGAACGUGUACUGUGCUAUGAACCAGAUCCAACAAAGGCAAAAGUCCUCUACGAUUCUAAGGUACUUGAAGUAAUUGAAAGUAAAGACAAAAGGGGGCGUCGCACAGUUGAGUACCUGAUACACUUCCAAGGCUGGAAUUCAUCUUGGGACAGAUGUGUCAGUGAAGAUUUUGUGCUGAAAGAUACUGAAGAAAACCGACAACUGCAAAGAGACCUUGCUGAAAAAUCCCAACUUCAACUGGGUGCUUAUUUAUACCGUCGCGAGCGUAAGAAGGGCGGCAGUACAGGUGCGGGGACGGGACCUGCCAAGAGGUCACGACAAGGGUUUAGCGACGACGGUUCCUCCAGCAGCACUCAGCCUGACGGCAGUGUGUGUGUGACGACAGAGGGCGAAACCGGCGACACGGACUCGUCGGGCUCUGGCUCGGGCUCCAGCUCGGCGCCGCGCUCGCCGCCGCCGCACGCGCACGUCGGCAGGGCACACAUCGCGCUACCCUCCGCGCUCAGGGAUCGUCUCACAUUCGACUACCACCUGGUGGUGAAGCGCGGGCGUUUAUCCCGGCUGCCGGCGACGCCGUGCGCCGCGGAGAUCCUCGAGUCGUUCGUAAAGUGGUUUGCGCGCGCCGGCGCCUGGCAUCCGGCCCGCGCGAGACACGACCCGCCACAGCGGCCGGACUUGCUGGACGUGUCUUGCAGGUUGAACCUAGUCCGUGAGGUUGCCGACGGGCUGCGCGUUUACUUCGACUUCGUGCUACGUGGUCAUUUACUGUACAAACAAGAACUAGCGCAGUAUCACGACAUCUGCGGCCAGUUCUUAAGAGAUCAGGAAGUGGAGACAGGAGCGGAAAUGGAAGAGGGGACGGCUUCUCAAGAGGAGGCUUUAGAGGAUGACCUAAAGAGUCCCAAGAUACCUGAAUACGCGCAUCUGCCGCCUGAUCCCUGUGACAUUGGAGACCGAGAUGAAACAGGGAAGACUUCACCUCUGACAAAUAACGAAGAGGAACCACCGAAAGCGGACACAGAGAAGGCAAAGGGCGACUCGUGUGAGGAAUCGAACUCUACUGCUUGCAACCAAUCAAAGCCGCGAGAAAGGGCGGCGGCUCGACCCACACUCGCUAGAAGGCUUCGCUCUCACAAAUCGGUGGUGUCACAGUCCGAGAACGAGGAACCAGCGCCGUCAACGUCCGGCGAGCAAAGAGCAUUUGAAACCCUAUCUUCAAGCGUGGGCAGCAGCGGAUCAUCAUUAAGCGAAGUGUGGGCGCGUCCCACCCGCGCGCCCGCGCCUGCGCCCGCCACCCACACGCCCGCGCGGACGCCGCUCUCCCUGCUGCUGGACAAGGUAGCGAAAUGGCAGAUUAUACCGCGAGAGGGCACAGAGCAUUUGCCAUGUCGCGUGUAUGGUGCAAUUCAUCUGGCGCGAUUAUUCGUGAAAUUACCAGAUUUUUUAAAUGCGACGCAGAUGCCAGACUUCAAACUGAAACUCAUCUUGAAACACAUUGAUAUGUUUGUUCAAUACUUAGAUGAACACAAUGAAUGGUUCGGAGAGAUGUACUAUGUUGCAGACAAUAUGUCUCGAUCGCAUUAAUUUUUAAGUUAAUAAUUUUUAAUCCCUAUAUUGUAAUCUCACACUCGAUCAGGGCCGCAUCUAGGGGAGGCAUUAUGGCACAUUGCUCUGCUCCAAUAAAUAGCAUCAAUACCAUAAAUACAACCCUGGCUACGGCUCUGAACUCAUUUUAUAACAUAUUUUGUAUACCUAACUAUAGUGUAGUGUAUUAGACAAGACAGUGUUUCAAAAAUUACACGUCGGUUUAAAAUGCAUGCUUUCCUAAAUUAUAGCAUGACCACCUCAACAUAUUAUAUGCAGUAAUAUGCAACAUAUUUUAUAUAUAUAUGCAUAGAUGUAUCUGCGAAAAUUUACUGUCAUUGUAUUUUCCCUAUUAUCGUGUUGGUCAUGCUACGUAUAAGAGAGAUUAGAUAUCAAUGAAUGAAUGCAUUAGAUAUAACAAACAAAGUCCUUUAGUUUUCUUUUCGUAGUGGUGCUUUCUUUGGGCAUCGCAAUUUUUUCCCGCGAUAACAAUAGUGAAAUUUAAGGAAAAAAUGCAUUUGUAUGUACCGUCCGUAAGUGAUCCCCAAUAUUGCUUUUUUAAUCGCAUUUCAUAAAAUAUGUAAUGUUAAUUUAGGAAUAAGAUAUGAAACGAGUGACUUGCUAUAAGCCUUUGCCUACAAAAAAUUAAACAGAUUAUAGUGUUAAAGAUUCAAGGUCAUGAAAAUAAAAUAUCUUAAUUUAUAAAAUACAUAUUUUACCAAUAUUCUAAAUCAUGUUAAAAAUUUGCAUUAUUUACAUAACACAACGUUUUUACAAAUUGGAAGGAAUUACUAUAUACUAUGUUGUUUGUUAUAUAAAUUAGAUUAAAUAAAAACUUAAUGUUUAAUUACUACUCAGCGAAAGUAUUUUGCUAAAGGAAUUGUUUCUUUUUAAGUGUCGCAAAACGUUUAGUCCAGGCAACGAAAAGGUAUAGAGGGAAAUGCUUAGAACACAAUUUUUGACUUCGUAACUUUGUUAGGACUAGUUAGGAGGUAAACAUAUCAAAAGUCCCCGCCCGUAGCCCUUAAGCCGGGGGGAAGGGGGGGAUUAAAGGUCCCAUUUUUAGGUUUUUCGCAUAUAUUUCGGAAACUAUGCAUCCUAGCGACAUGAGACUUUAACAAAAGUGAAAGCUGAUUAAAAUUGCUACAAGUCUUAUUAUGUCAAGAUUUUUGAUAUCCUGUAUAGUUUUCAAUAUAUCCGCUCUUGAAAGUCUGUAUUAUGGAAAAAAAAUUGCUUCACAUUUUUGCUCUAUUUGACCGGAUAACUCUUCAACAAUGCCGGCCGUAGGGUUGUUGGUUCCACCAGUGAGCAGCAUGCAGAUUUCGGACCAGCCCGCCAAAACAAGGAUGGAGCUGACAUUGCCAAGCUCACCGAUUGGUUUGAGAAAUUUCCUCCCUUGCCAGAGACCAGAGACAUUAUCAAGUCACCAGAAAUCCAGAAACCAGCAGCGGUCUUUUCACACCCUUUCUCCACCACCACUCAAGUACAAAAGGCAGGUGAAAUCUGCAUCUUAAGGUGGUAUGGAGCUCCAGCGAAAGAGAUUUCCCUCAAUGCCUACAGGUACAACUGGUACAAGUCAUUCUUGAAAUCAGUGGCCACCAUCAAGCCUGAUAUCUCUUGUCUUCCUCCCACCGAGGUAGCAGUAAAACAGCAUUCCCAGGAAGUGGUGGCAAUUUUUUUUUCCAUAAUUACAGACUUUCUAAAGCGGAUAUCUCGAAAACUAUACAAGAUAUCAAAAAACUUGACUGAAUAAGACUUAUUUGACUUUAAUCAGCUUUCACUUUUGUCUCAUGUCGCUAGGAUGAAUAGUUUCCGAGAUAUACGCGAAAAACCUAAAAAAGGGACCUUCAAUCCCCCCCUUCCCCCCGGCUUAAGGGCUACGGGCGGGGACUUUUGAUAUGUUUACCUCCUAACUAGCCCUAACAAAGUUACGAAGUCAAAAAUUGUGUUCCAAGCAUUUCCCUCUAUACCUGUUUUUGAGCAUUCGUUGCCUGGACUAGUUUCCAAACAAUAUUAAUAAAGAAUGAUCUCACUAGCUUAGAUUGUUUAGAAUAUAAAAUAGAACUGACUACGCGCUAGGAAUCCACGGUUUAAUUUAUAAGUAUGUAGUUAGUCGUAAUGUUUUACUUGAUAAAGUUAUGAGCAAACUUUCCAUGUUUCUUAUUUAAUUUGAACCCCGGUAUUAUUUUGGACUAAAUGAAAAACUAUUUUUUUAUAAAACUAUUCUUUAUUAUCAAGAUUCAUCUUCAUUGUGGCAGCCAUAACAAGAACAAUUCACAAAAAAAAAUAUAUGCUGAAACAGUUUUAAAAAACAAAGUUUAAGACCUGCUAUUAACGAUAUUAAAUACCAUAGAGACACCACAUGCUCUCCUAAUGUGUCCCUAUCAAGAAGUGCUUCAACACGACUCGAGCACUUCUUGGUGUGAACCAAGUCACACGCGGACCGUUGAAAAAUCAACAUGCCGCUGAGCUCCGUGAAAAAAUGCGAAAUAAAUACUUACAAGUAGUAUGUAAAAUGACGUUUUUUCGACAGGUAUCUAAUCAAUGUUUGUUAUUUAAGCAUUUGAAGCUAAUUUUGUUUUAAUGCUUACUAUAAAAUGAUUUAAUAGAAAAUAUUUGUGAUAUUCAAAUGGAUGGUCGGUAAUAAAGCAGUCGCUUUACCUCGCGAUCCGUACCUGCUAUAUAACGAAUUGCGCGUAGAAUCAAGGAAACGAGGUCUAUAUUCUUCCGCAUACAGCAAUAAGUCAUUGAAAUUUUACGAGCUUACUCUCGGACAUGCGUUUUAAUUAAGACCUUAUACAGGGUGCUUUAAAGGCGAUUAUCAAUAUUUAAAUAAUGCCUUAUAUUGUUUAGACAAUGCGAUCAUCUUACGGGGCUCCGUGGAUCGUCCAAUGUACUUUCUGGACAGGUUUCGGGCAUGAUUUUGUUCGUGUUGGUGUAUCUAGGGUAUUUAAUAUCGUUGCCUGCGAUUUAUCAACCAACAUACAUAAUAUUUGAAAGGCACUAAGAUGCACGAAUUUACAUUCAACAAUACACAAAGGAAUACAAUUACCAAAUCAUCAAUUAAUCAUUUUCAUAAGUUCCAAAUUAAUAUUCUAUAAAAUAUUGAUUUUGGUUAUAAGGAAAAAGAUAUAUAAGAAUAAUAUUAUAAAUAUUAAGUACUAAGAUUGUUUUAACAUGUCGAGUAACAAUAUCGAGUCCGAUACAGGUUGUUUGAUGAUGAUGAGAUGAGGUUCUUCUUGGGAAGAAACCCAUAUUUAGUAAAUAUAAAACAAUUAUAUUCUGCCCAAAUCAUAAAUCUAAAAAACCUAGAACAAAGUUUAAAAUGGAAGUUUACUUAAUAUAACGAAAUUGGCAAAACAGAUGAAUACUUACACAAAAAUAUAAGACAUUAUUAUUCAUAAAUUGAAUUGAACAUUAUCAUAUACCUAAUUACAUAACAAUUUUACUACUACGGUUUAAAAUGCCAAAGUUAAAUUUUAAUGUAGAUAUCUGAUAAAAUCAGUUUUCUGUGCGUUUCUUACGCUCCCAUCGAGUAAGGAAAAUUAAUUGACUAGUAAUUUUGGUUCACUUGAAGAACAUUUCUACAAGAUUUAUUAACAAAUGACUAAUACAAUGUUUGAUAACAUCAAGAUUGCCGUGAUAUAGCAAAUAUAGCCGAACUAUGAACUUUCAUUAAUUUGCUGCGGCAUUUUACAAACUUAUUCACAUUUGUAAUACCCAAUGAAACGAACAAUGUUGGAUAAGUUCCCGAGGUCAUACCAAGCAAAUUAUUGCGAAGGAACCUGGAUGAUCAGUGUGUUAGGAUACUAUACAUUAAAUGACAUUAAUUCUUAUAAAGAGAUCUGCCUUAACCCUACGUGACUCGUGAGAAGGCUUUACUGGUUAGGUACUUCAUAAUUUGUGUGAAAGUAGUUUAUCUAUGACGUAAACUUUAUUUGUAAUUUUAUUUCGACACAUUCGUCUGCGCAGAAUUUCUAAGUGUAGUACUUCCUUCUUUAAAAGAAAAUAUAUUACUGCUCAAAAAAUUACUAUUAAAGGCAAAUUUCUGAAAAAGGAAAAUAUCUAUAUUAUUAAGAGCGACCAUCCAAGGACUGCUCGAGCAGAUUGCCAGUGAUUAACAUACAUGGACUGCUCGAGUAUUUAGUCACAUUGAAGCUGCUAUUUCACCGCGCUGGCAACCGCCCAAAGCAGUCGCAACUGCUCGAGUGGUUCCGUGUAUGUGUAUACAUAGAAGACUAUAGUACACUAUGCAGUCGCAGCUUGAAGCAGUCGAUACUGACUGCUUCAUGCAUAUUAUAGAUAGGUACUUAUGGCGCGACGUGCCAAAUAAAAAAAAUGUUUUAAUUGUAAGUAAACAUCGAAAAAGUUUCGUAAUUUCGCAUACAUAAUUUCGUGUUGUAGGCGAUGUAUGGCGGGGCGAUAGUCCAGCUCAAGUGCGGCGUACGCAACGAGGCUCGCAAAAUACGAAAACAAUAUUCAGCGAAAAAUCAAGUUUAAAUCAACAAACACAAUGUUAGCGAAAAUUUUAAUUAAUUUGAAGUGUAUUCUCUACUAAAAUCUGAAAAACAAUACAAUCUCUGGUAACUUCACAUUCUUCACAAGCAAGCACAUAUUAUUUAGUAGCGCACACAAUUCACUAGUAUUGUAGGUGGUGUUGUAUGACACGGAGGUAGUUGAGCUCGAGUGCGGAGUGCGGCGUACUGCGCAGCAAGGGGCGCCAAAAUAUGUUAAAUACGAAAACACAGUUAUCGAAAAAUAAUAUUUAUUUGAAAUGAAAUCAUCGACAAACAAACAAUUUAUUUAGCUAUUUUAGCAGCUGACUUCACAACUGGCAUAAAUAUAGUAUCGCACAGUUGACUCAUGUUGUAGACGGUGUAUAACGCGGCGGUAGUCAUGUUCCAACGCGACGUACUGCGCGGCGACUCGCGCCGACUGUUGCAUACGAAAACAAUUAUUUUGAGGGAUAAACAAACUUUAUUUGUAGUGAAAUCGUCUAAAUUCAGUAACAAUUGCUCUGCUAACUUCACAUUCUUCACAACCGGCACAUAUUUAGUAUCGCACACAGUUCAUUCGUGUUGUAGACGGUGUAUAACGCGGCGAUAAUCUAGUUCCAACGCGGCGUACUGAGCGGCGAGCCGGCCCUGCGUUUCGUGCGCGCCACUAGCACUAGCGGUCGCGGCGAAUUCCUCAGGCUUCAAAACUUUUUGCAGCUUCUUCAUUUCCAAUUUCUUCUUCUGUUAUUAAAACAAAAACAU